UCAGUCAACACAACAACUCCUGUCUGUCAACCAUCCGACCUACAGCCUCCAGCCUGCCAACCUCAACAAAGUACACUACCUACACACACCUACUUUACCUCUACCUAGCAUUUGUGCCCAAUCGACUUGACCUCGAUUUUCAACCUCCAACCAGUCCGAUCUUCUUCUCCCCACCGUAGACGACAAAUCCCCCAAGGUGGCAAGACGAAAUGGCGCCCAUGAAAAACUUAAAUUCCAAUUCAUCCAGUAGUAAUUAUGGCGAGGACGUUGCCCGUCAGGCCAAUGUGCUCGCCAGCUGCUACGUCGUCGAUGUCGCCGGCUCUCUGAAGGGCCUCCACUACUGCACUACCCUGGCUGCAGGGGCCGAGUGGUAUUCCUGAGGUCCCUAUCUCAGGACUACCAUCCCCUCCGUCCAGUCCCCCCCUCGCGGCAUUCACCUCCGACAACGAGCUCGCCAUCAAGCCCAAGCCCAAGCGCAAUCACACAAACGCCAACGGCUCCGGCAAUGCUCGUACCCGUCGAGGGGGGGCAACACUUCGCAUCAGGGAAGAAUGUGAGAGAUUCUUUUGCGAGACCAUGAAGGUCGUUUUCCACGGUGAGGAGAACGCGGCCACUCAUGGCUCCGGCCUGACGGGUGUUUAUCAACAUCAUCAUCAACAUCAAUCAUCGAGUCGAGAUCGUAGCCAGUCAUCCGACACUGGGAGGAGUGUUGCUUCUGUCGACUCUGGCUACUUCGGUUCUUAUACCUGCGACGACCACCGCUCCGACGUCCAUCAGUGCAUGACCCUGCCUUGCGACUCUUCUUGCUCCGACGACAACGAGAGGACAAGUCUCUACGGGCCGUGUACCGGCACCGGCAUUGAGGCGACGUCGUGGAUGGAAAUUUGGGACUACCAGGGCGGUGCUAGCUUCCUCGCCUUCGUAGCCGAGGACCUGACCACCGGCGAAAAGUCCCUAUUCACUUUCUUCGACGCGGGUGUGGUCGGUCGCGACUUGAAGAAGGCCCUAGUCGCCCUGAUCGAGCUGGCUGAGACCCCUCUCGGCUGCUCCAGGCUGGUCAUCUGCAUUGAUCGGUCCAUCGAGGCCGAUGAGAUGCAAUCUCUGACCAAGGGCCUGGCGUGGGCCGGCUUCGAGAUGGACACUCUCGACCGGUGGGCCGAGAUCCGGGAUGUCACCAGUAGCAGGUGGCUUUUCAUGGGUAUGGAGGUGUAGGAUUAAGGCGAGCAAUCUUUCCUGUCCAUGCCUGUGUGGUUUCUUUUACUUGAUUCCUCUAUUUGGUCUUGUUUGGUUGUACGCACAGCACUUGCCCGGUUUCGUCUGCCACUGUUUUGUCGACACAACCUUCAAAAAAUUCCACGGUCUUUUUCUCUGCUGGGAGGAAUAGCAAAAGCAAAUAAAAAGCAACAGGAAAAAAAGAAGAAGAGAAGGGGAGACACAGUACCACUCAGGAGUUCUGGGAGCGUAAUAGCGUCACACCUAUUCAUACUUCAACUGGCUUUUUUUGUUCAUGGGUUAGCUGAACAGGUUGCAAGAAUUAGCUAACAUUCAUGCACGGUAUCUUUAUGCAAUUCUAUAUAAUCUUUUGUCUACCAA